GAUGGAAUUAGUUUGCAAAUUUUAACUAUGUUCUUUUAAUUCUGUUUAUUUCUCUAGAUGACGAUAUUUAACUUAUAUAUUUAUGAUCGGAAUGGCACAUGUCUGUAUUAUCAAGAUUGGCAAAGAAAAAAAUCUUCAAAUUUAUCCCGGGAUGAGGAACAAAAGCUGAUGUAUGGGAUGUUGUUUUCAUUGAAAUCUUUUGUUACACGAAUGUCGCCUACAGAUACAAAAGAUUGUUUUGUGAACUACAGAACGAGCACAUACAAACUCAAUUUUUUUGAAACUCCAACAGGCAUCAAACUUAUUUUGAAUACAGAUUUAAAUGUUGGAAAAAUUGAUGAAUGUCUGCGUACCAUAUAUAAGAUUUAUGUCGACUACGUUGUGAAGAAUCCUCUAACAGAAUUAAACGAGCCAAUAGAAAAUGAGAUGUUUACCUCCAAACUGAACAAUUACGUACAGAAUCUACCGAUCUACUAUUAAAUAAAUUGGUUACCAACAAAAUCAGAUAUAGACUUUACUCAAAAUAUUUUUUGCCAGGGUUGGUUAACAUCAUUGCGGAUGAAAUCCUGCUGAAAUGGAUUUUUUUCGCCACGACAGAAUCUAUUUCUCCAGAUAAGACAGAGUUUUUUUUAAAAAAACGUUUUCUGCUUGACUACAAGUCUUGUAAAUUAUUGUAAAAAGUUUUAUUACAUUCAAAAAUAAAUUUGUUCUUCAAA